CGCAGUUAUGUACGUGUUGUGUACAACAUGGCUGAUUACCGUGUUAGAAUAAUUAAAUAAAAUGCAUACGGAUUUUAAAACGACUUACUGUUAAAGCCUUGAAAAUGGGAAAUUGCAUUCGUUCUGCAUUCAAAAAAUUACGAAGGAAACGACGCGUAGAAAAGAACAUCGUUCUACUUUUAGUGGGUCUUGAUAACGCAGGAAAAACACUAGUUUUAAAUCGUAUCGCUGGAAAUGAUGAUCAGCAUGUUCUCCCUACUAUGGGUUUUCGAACAGUUUCAUUGAAAUAUAAAAGAUAUCAUGUAAAAAUUUAUGAUCUUGGUGGUAGCCCCCAAAUAAGAUCAAUAUGGCCAAAAUAUUACAGUGAUGUACAUGGUCUUAUAUAUGUGGUGGAUGCUAGCGACAUUUCUCGCCUUACAGAAAAUAGAGUAAUACUUGGAGAAUUAAUCUCACAUGAAAAUAUAUCGGGAAAACCGUUAUUAUUACUGGCGAAUAAACAAGAUUUGAAUGGAGCCAUUGAUGAACUUGACCUCGUUGAAAAUUUGGAUAUAGAACGUAUAGCGAAUGCUAUGCGAUGUCCCACACGAGUGGAAACUUGUUCCUGUUUCUAUCCUGUCUCGAAAUCCGAAAUUAGAACACAAGGAAUAAUUAACGGUUAUAAGUGGCUAUUGGACACAGUCUUAAAGAACUACACAUUUUUGAAUAGUCGGAUAAAGGAACAAGUACAUACCAAUGGAGCGGCUAAAAAAUCUGCAGAUUCAAAUCUGGAUACAAUAUCUAAUUAUUCUACACAUUCUGAUCCAUUUAAACCUAUACAUGAGCUACUCUUAUGCAAGGAAUCUUCCACAUCAUCAGUUAACGUUCAAAGUGAAGUUAGUAAGGGGAAGUCAUCAUUAAAGAAAUUGUUUAAUUAUACUAAUAAAACUGCACCGCUCGCGCUUGGAUAUCAGAUGAGCGUCUCUCAAAGUGCCCUCCAUCGUACAGAAUGCAAUACUACACUCUUUCAAGUACAAAGUUUUAAUCAGGAGAACGUAACGAUUUUGGAUCCACGAAAAUUGGAUCUAAAAGAAAAUGGAAGCAGAUCUAAGCGUGAUAGACCGUAUACAGCACCGCAAAGCUUCCAAAGAGAUUUGAGUCGAGAAACAGUCCUCGCAAUGCCCGGACAAGUGCCUACGUAAUAAAAAUGACUUGCUCAAUACACAAUAGAGCGAAGAGAACUUUCCGUGAGAAAUAUUUUAUAACGUUUAAUGUUAAUCUGAGACUCAGUUUUGUGACUUCACAUAUAUCCAUUCAAUGUUAUGCAUAUAAAAUAAUUUUUGGUUAAUGGAUGCGAUUCCAGAAAAAGAUUAGCGUCUUUCAAACCUAUAUUUUCUACUAUAUCUUGUAUUACAAAUAUACACGUAUGUAUGUAAAUAAAUUAUUUUUUAUCCAGUUCAAUAAAUUG